CCAGUCGCACGCCUCGUGUCGUUCCAUUGAGAUAUAUAUAUAAUAAUCGACCGUCCGCGUACGAACAAAUAACGCGUCGAAUAAGCUCGCCACUCGAGAUUAACUUGUGAAAGAUGGCUGAGAAAUUCAGAGUUUGCAUCAUCGGCUCCGGCAACUGGGGCUCGGCGAUCGCCAAAAUUGUCGGUAAAAAUGCAGCAGCGCACGAUCACUUCGAGGAUCGCGUCACCAUGUACGUGUACGAGGAGAUCAUCAAUGGCAGGAAGCUGACGGAAAUCAUCAACGAGAGCCACGAGAACAUCAAGUAUCUGCCAGGACACAAAAUACCCGAGAACGUCGAGGCAGUGCCAGACGUGGUGGAAGCAGCAAAGGACGCCGACAUUCUGAUUUUCGUGGUUCCUCAUCAGUUCAUCCGCAGGAUAUGCAGCACUCUGCUGGGCAAAAUCAAACCAGAUGCCAUUGGACUCUCGCUCAUCAAGGGUUUCGACAAGAAAGAGGGUGGUGGUAUAGAGCUCAUCUCUCACAUCAUCGCCAGAGAGCUUAACAUUCCAAUGGCCGUCCUUAUGGGAGCCAAUCUUGCGUCCGAAGUCGCCGACGAGAUGUUCUGUGAGACCACCAUUGGCUGUAAGGACAAGGCGAAAGCUCUAGUGCUGAGGGAUAUCAUUCAGACAUCUUACUUCCGAGUAGUGGUGGUUGCUGAUGUCGACUCAGUCGAGUGUUGCGGUGCUCUCAAGAACAUCGUAGCAUGUGGAGCUGGUUUUGUAGAUGGUCUCGGCCUGGGUGACAAUACAAAAGCGGCAGUUAUCAGGUUGGGUCUGAUGGAGAUGAUUAAGUUUGUGGAUGUCUUUUUUCCUGGCGGUAAACUUGCAACCUUCUUCGAGAGUUGCGGUGUUGCCGAUCUAAUUACAACUUGCUACGGUGGUAGAAACCGUAAAGUCUCAGAAGCUUUCGUCAAAACCGGCAAGAGCAUCGAGGAGCUGGAAAAAGAAAUGUUGAACGGUCAAAAAUUGCAAGGACCCUUUACCGCCGAGGAGGUGAAUUACAUGCUGAAGGCCAGAAACAUGGAAAACCGUUUUCCACUUUUCACGGCGAUCCAUCGAAUUUGUGUAAACGAAUUAAAGGCGCAGGAUUUAAUCGACUGUAUUCGCAGCCAUCCAGAGCACAUGGAUGACUUGGACUUUGAGCAACAGCAACCCCAGCAAACCAAUUCACCAAAAAGUCACCUCUGAGGACUGUGGAGUAGACUCUAAAGAAAAAAUUGAAAAAUGUGUUCCAUUCGAAAAUAAUCGUCAUCAUCGCCAUAGCAUAUGCAUAGCAUGGGAAAGUGUCAUUGAAUCAAAGCCAAAGCUCACCAAUACAAGCCAUAAUACUAUCUAAUCAUCACUAUCAUCAUCCCUAGAGCUUAGCUGUUUCCAACUUACACACAUGGCAUCCAGUCAAUGUAUAGCAUCAGGGUACUUUGUUUAGUUUUACACUAUUCUUUUUUAAGUUUGUUACGUUUUUGACGAGCUUGAUGAGGUGUGGAUGUUUUUUUUUUCCUUAAAUUAUAGUUUUAUAACUGUUUUUCUAUAAUGGUUUCGGUGCAAAAGAAGCUGUUGUUACUCACAAAUACUUUCUUAUACUUUUUAAUUUCUAUUUCAUAAAUACCGGUUAGAUGAAA